AUUAUAAACACCCAGAGCGAGGAAGGAAGCCGCUCUCGAUGCUUAAGUAAUCCUCACAGAGCUCGAGGAAAGGGGGGACCUCAGAGCAGAACCGCUGCUGAAGCCGAAGCGGACGCACGCUCUUUAACUCUGAGGGAGUUUGAAGUUUUUAAACUAUAAACGAAGAUUUUUCUUUCCUUCUUUCUCUCCUCGCAACAUCUAACCGAAGAACGUCUUCUGUGCUAUGCUUUUUCAAGGAGAGUAAUUUUUUUACUGCUUACAUAUCUACUUUUUUUUUAGUAUUGUUCCUUUUUUCCGCUUUCUUCUCCAGAUGUUUAGAGAGAAUUGGAGGCUGGCGCAGUACCACAUGAUGAGGUCCAUGGAUCAAGAUGACCCUGGCCUUGCCACUCACAAGGUCCUCAGUCCUGAAUCUGAGCAGGUUUUCCCUUUGGAUGAGCAGUACAGGAUCAAGUCCUGCAACUCCCCUUACUCCAACCUCAACCCCGAAGUUCUCUCAGGGUACGAAAACCAGGAGACCAGAAACUACCUGGACAACACCCGGCCCCCAGGUCUGGCCCUGAGCCCCCGGAUCGAAAUCACCCCGUCCCGAGAGCACUACAGUCAUGGCCGGGACUCUCUGCCGAACCAGCACCUGAACCUCAGCCCGAGACCCACCCUCACUGUGCCCGGCCAUGAGAACCUUGCCUACCGUGAGCCCCAGUGCCUGAGUCCCGCCAGCAGCAACUCCUCCACCAGCUGGCACUCUGAGAGCUACUCGCCCUGGGCAUCCCCCUGCGUUUCCCCCAGUAGCGGUCCAAAUCCAGCAGAUCUCUGCCCCCGCAUGCAGAACGUCCAUACCGGCUCCCCGCGCACCUCCCCGGGUACCUCCCCUCACACUAGCCUUGGAGAAGACGGCGGCCUGGGAGUACGCUCGCCCUCGCCCCGACCGCGCUCCACCUCCCCGCAGGGCAAGCGCACCUACGAAAUGUACCGGAAUCCGGGGCUGAUGCCUGGGCAGCGGUCCCGCAGUCCGUCCCCGCAUAGCGGCCAGGAGAACCCCAACAAGGGAGCUCAUUUCACACACGCCGGCCUUGUUGAGGGCGUGAAUGGAUUUGGCAGCAGUCAGCCAGGCAUGGUGCCCACCAAAAUAGUCAAGACCUCCAACCAACUUUAUGCUUUAAUCCCAGAGAAUCACGGUGACGGGAACUACUGUGAUCAGGACAUUAAAACCAAACCUGCUGCAGAGCCUUUCUAUGUCAUCCCAUCAAUCUGGCCCAAGCCGCUGGUUCCCAACAUCUGCAGCCUCCCAUUGGCUACAGCCCCACCAUUGGAGUGGCCCCUUCCCAGUCGCACAGACCAGUAUGAACUCCACAUUGAGGUGCAGCCCAAGCCGCACCACAGGGCUCACUAUGAAACGGAGGGAAGCAGGGGCGCAGUUAAAGCCCCCACUGGAGGACAUCCAGUGGUACAGUUGCAUGGCUACAGAGGCAAAGAUCCAGUUGGCCUCCAAAUUUUUAUUGGUACCGCAGAUGAGCGCAUCCUGAAGCCUCACGCCUUUUAUCAAGUUCACCGGAUCACCGGCAAGACGGUCACCACCAACAGCUACGAGAGGAUCAUCAACGGCACCAAAGUCCUGGAGAUCCCAUUGGAGCCAAAGAACAACAUGAAAGCCAUAAUCGACUGCGCUGGCAUCCUGAAGCUCAGGAACGCCGACAUCGAGCUGAGGAAAGGCGAGACGGAUGUUGGUCGGAAAAACACUCGGGUCCGACUUGUGUUUCGCGUGCACAUAUUUCAGCCUGGAGGUCAGGACGUCUGUCUGCAAGUGGCCUCGCAUCCCAUCGAGUGUUCUCAGCGUUCUGCACACGAGCUUCCCAUGGUGGAGAAGCAGGACAUGGACAGCUGCUCCGUCCUGGGCGGCCAGCAGAUGAUCCUGACUGGGCAGAACUUCAGCUCCGACUCAAAGGUCAUCUUUCUGGAGAAGAGUCACGAUGGCCAGCAACUCUGGGAAAUGGAAGCAACAGUGGACAAAGACAAGAGCCAACCUAGCAUGCUAUUCGUGGAAGUGCCAUCUUACCAGGAUACAUCCAUAUGCCAACCUGUCAAAGUGAACUUCUAUGUUAUUAACGGAAAACGAAAGCGCAGUCAACCUCAGCAUUUCACCUUCACCCCACUGACAUCUCCUGCCAUAAAGACAGAACCUCUCGAUGAAUAUGAAGCACAAAAUAUGGGCUUUGGUAUUCCUCAGAUCUUGGGCUUAUCGCCUCACUCCUACUACCACAACCCUCGCGGCAUCCUUCACCCAGACAAUGGCCUAAUGUCCAGCAUGGCUUCCUGUCAGCGUUUCAGCCCCAACCUUCCAAACCAAGACGCGCGUUUCCAGCAGCAAAGCCCGGCUAUUGUCUAUUCUCGAGGUGGGAAGAGCCUCAGUAGCAGCCCAGGCUCGUGGCACUCCGGCGGGGUCAUGCCUGACCCCCACCGGUCGGUGCUGGUCCACACAGGUUCACCAGCUCAGUCUGUAGGUCCCAUCAGUUCAGGCCAGCACUCAUCUAUCAUCCAGUUCUCCCCCACCAACCACCACCUGCUCAGGGCUGGAGAUGCGGAGACUCUCCCUCCUCCUCCGCCUGAUAACCAGCAGAUCCUUUUCUGCGAUGACUACCCUGCGCAGGCAGGAUCCCACUCACCUGGACACCCCCAGGCCCAGGCAGCAGUGACCCACCAGCAGCCAUGUCCCACCGUCAUCCAGCAGCAGCAACAGCAGCAGCAACAGCAGCAGCAGCAGCCGCCAUUUGGGCCGAAGGAACCCCAAAAGGUCCCGGGGGCGCCUGGGACACAGCCGAUGGAGGUUACCGAAGAUGAACAGAGGAGAGUGACGGUCAAGGAGGAGAACUUGGACCAGGCCUACCUAGAUGAUGGUGAGUUGAAUGAAAUCAUCAGAAAGGAUCUGACGGGGGUUCAGGCCAGAGUUCAGACAUAGACAACAGAGCGAAGCAGGAAGCAACAGCCUAUUCCUCUUCCUGUGCUACCCACAGACAGACACGCAUCAAUGCAAUCAUCUACUCUCCAGCAAGGUGGCGCUCAUCCCCCUACAAUCUCAUCUUCUGGUCAUUGUUUUCCUUUAAACAUAGAGACCGGAACGUCAGCUCCUGGUUGCUGUGUUUGCUUUGGAUGGUUUCCUGCAAUAAACACUUUGUAAACAGAGGAGCUCAUUUUACCAAUAACAUCUGCCACCAGCAGCACUAGGGAUUACUGAGAAAACACAGGGACGUGCACCUUAUUUUGAUGGAAAUCUUUACAAGUAUAACCUCAGAAACCAUCUAAAGAGAAACGAAUGGAAUAAAGGGAAUAAUUCCUAAAACCCGUUCAUAAAACAACUUUAUCCACUCUGUUCCGGCAAUAAACUCACACCUCUUGCCUUAUAAUAGCAAAGAUCUGGUGUGUAGCAUGCAGCAGUUUCACCAAAAAUGUCUAACAGGUUAUAGCGAAACCAAAAAAUAAAUCACAAAACAAUGUUCUCUUGCGGCUUGUUAUAUUUUUCAGCCUUACUUGCACAAAGUUUGUCUACAAGUUUCUUUUUGUUGCUUUUCCAAAGCGUUCAUGCUCAUCAUCUCAUUUUAAGUGCAGUUUUGUGCUGGUAGACAAACACACACAGCCUUAAACAUAAUCUGUAAAUGAACUAUUGUGACACUGCCUGUUAUGCACUGUUUUCGAACAGAGUGGUUGAUGUUAUGGCUUCUUAUAUCAUUUGAGUCAUGAGAUUAAAUGAAUAUUUUAUGCUUUUUUAAUGCUUGUUUUACAAUGUUACAGUAACUUGUGAUAAUGCAAUGUUACAUAUAUCUCUGCACAUAUCAAGAGCCAAAAGUGCCACAAUCCAAUAAAUAACUUUUAAACAUUAAGGUAUGCAAUCAUUUAAAUAAAAUUGUAAUAACUACAUUAAAUAAAUAAGUAAUGCAUUAAUAAUGGUUUAAAUUUUUGGUAAAAUUUUGUAAUUAUUGAAUAUGUUUUUGUGUCCUGCAUUACAAGUCUGCAACAUUAAUCCAGACAGCAGGUUUUUGCCAUUUGUAAACUCACUUUGAGCCCUAAAUUUUAUGACCUUUUGAAAAAUGACGGCUUAUAAUUUUCUAAAAAAUCUCUACAACAGAAAAUACGUCAAUUUUAGUUACAUAUUUAGGUUUUAAAAUAAAAACUGUUAAAAAAAUGUAUAGAUUUUCUUCUGCAGUAUGUUGAUAUUUGUGGAAAAUUAUGUCAAAUGUAAUGACACAAAGAUCUAAAAGAAUGUUACUGGUGCUUUUAGUGUCAUUCUGUUGUAAAACAUUAAAUGCAAAUAUUCCAUGAAAAACAAAAAUGUAAUUCUGCCAGAAACAUGUCAUUUUAUCUACAUUUUAAACAUAUUUCUUGGAUCUUGGGCUAUCGUGAGUCCAGCUCGGUGGUUUCCACGACUUUGUAAUAAGUCAUCUGAUUGGAUAACCUGGGCAGCAACUCAGCUGCAGACCAAUUGGAUUGUCUGUAGCAAAAUCAUCCUCUAUUGCAACGCAAAACGAGUAAAUAAAAACAAAUUCUAUAUGCUUUCUACUUGUAAUUGAUAUUGAUUUUAAUUAUUUAUACAUUUAAUAACUAUUUUCAUAUAUGCAUUUUUUAUGUAUACAUUUUGCUGACUAUUUAUUUGGUUUCUGGCAUUUUUCAGCCCUUGAUAUUCACAUGCUCUAUACUGGUCUUGUAAUUUUCUUUGUGAAAUAAAAUAAAAAUGGGCGUCUUUCUUUUUUUUUCACAGUAAACUCUGUGGUUGUGUCCACAGUCUAAAGACAAAAAACUGUGUAUAUUGCUCUGUGUAUUUGUUGCUUUUCUUUGCAAUCAUAAUCAUUGUACUAAAAGCUGCCUAUGCAAUGCUUCCUGCUUUCAGUUGUAAAGAGUGUGCGUAUUAUUAUAAUUAUCAUUAUCUGUAAGCAACGGCAUCAUGUUAAGGGGGUAGUGCUGCAAGACUCAGUCGCACAGUAACAGUUUGUUUUUAUGAUAUUUUAUUUUUUGGAACAGGAGAACAGUUUGAGUUAUGUUACUGUCAGAUGUCAGUACAAUGAACACUCCAAAGUGAAAUAGAAGACAUAUUUGAUAUGUUCCAUAUUAUCACAGCAGAAUGUAAUAUUAUUACAUUUAAAAUUUGAUAUUUAACAUUUCUCAUUGAGCCAGUGGAGCACAAAUGUAUUUGACUUUUAAUGAAUGUAAUCUGUAUUAAAUAGUUCCCCCUUUUUUCUGUAAAUAAUAGAUGCAUUUUUAUUAAUGUGUUCAGAGUCUAAAAUAGGAGCUAUGUGCUGUUUUUCUAUCAUUUAACUAUAAUAGAGUUGAGUUAUGAUUAUGUUCUUAAUUCAAUCCAUCCAUAAUAAUUUCUUUUGUUUUUAUCAUUUCACAAUAUCAAAACCUUUACUAACUGAUGGAUUAUUAAUGCUGUACUAUUUUGUUUUUUUUGUUUUUUUUUUGUAGAUGUCUUGAUGUUUAUGUUGAAGUAUGACUUUCCGUGCCUCUUCAAAAACCUCUUCUUAUGGUAUUUUUGUAUUAUUAAAAGAAGCAAUAAAUAAUAACAAUCGUACAUGCUAAUAAGGUGUUUUAAU